GCGGACGCGGGCGCUGUGUUGCGUGUCGUGUGCGAAGUGCCCGCCGACGGCAGCGCGGCGGCCGCGCGCCCGCUGCCAUGGCAACGGAGCUGCUGCUGCUACUCGCCUCCGUCCUCGCCGCUGCAGCGUCGGGCGGCGCUGAGCCCUGGGACGUCUCGGAGAGUGCGUGGGAGUGCGCGGGCGUCGACGACAGCGCCGAGGCGACUGAGGACUGGCCGUCCAGGCUGGAGGGGCUGUGGGUCUCCCAGGGGUGCGAGCCUCCGCAGGAGUGGGGCGGGCCGUGGUCUCUGCGCAGACUGCUGCUGGAGUCGCAGCCCACAGCUGGAGACGGGGCUGGAGCUGGAGCUGGAGCUGGAGCUGGAGUGUCGGUGCGCGCCACGCUGGUGACCCACGUGUACGCGGACGACUGGUGCGCACUGCCCCUCUACUCGGUCUCCGUGGUCGCCACGCUGCUGCAGGAGCGCCGCCACGGAGAUGAGGGAGACGGCGAGUGGUCUGUGCGCGUGGACGGCGCCACCGGCUGCGGCCACAGCUGGGAGGGCGUGCGGCGCGUCCUGGGGCUGUGCUGCGCAUGCGCUUUCGGCAAGCACGCCAAGCCGCAUCGCGAGCUGUCCCUCUACUCCAGGGGGCAGCAGCAGCGUGGACAGGGGGGCGGCGAGCGCGACAACGUCGCCUCCAGGAGGCACGCGGGUCAGUAG